GGCGGGCGGAGGAAGGGGGCGGGCCUCCGAAGUUGUUGGACGCUAGGCCGGCGGGCCCGAGGGCGAGCGGGCUGCGGGCCGGCGGGCAGACCGGGCCGGGGCUGGAGAAGUUCGCGCGGCGGCUCGUGAGCGCAGGGUGCGGGCCCCGCCGGCCGUUGCGCGCCCGCUGCCAUGGCCUUCCGCAGGAGGACGAAAAGUUACCCGCUCUUCAGCCAGGAGUUCGUCAUCCACAACCAUGCGGACAUCGGCUUCUGCCUGGUGCUCUGCGUCCUCAUCGGGCUGAUGUUCGAGGUCACCGCCAAGACUGCCUUCCUAUUUAUUUUACCUCAGUAUAAUGUUAGUGUGCCUACAGCAGGGCUGCAGCAAAAGGGAAUCAUUUGAUGGCACGUGGUGCUCCAGCUGUCCUCUCAGUUUUGGGUCCCAGAGCCUUCCCUCAGCCCAGGGCGCUGAUGUGGCACUCACCACCCCCACAGACAGCGAGGCCGUGCGCUACCACUACGGGCCGAAGGACCUGGCCACCGUCUCAUUCUACAUCUUCAUCGCCGUCAUCUUGCACGCUGUGGUUCAGGAGUACAUUUUAGAUAAAAUCAGCAAACGGCUUCAUCUCUCCAAGGUCAAACAUAGCAAGUUCAACGAGUCUGGACAGCUAGUCGUCUUUCAUCUCAGCUCGGUGGUGUGGUGCUUCUACGUGGUGGUCACGGAAGGGUAUUUAACAAACCCACGAAGCCUCUGGGAAGACUACCCCCACGUGUACCUCCCCUUCCAGGUGAAGUUUUUCUACCUGUGCCAGCUGGCCUACUGGCUGCACGCGCUUCCCGAGCUGUACUUCCAGAAGGUACGGAAGGAGGAAAUUCCCCGCCAGCUCCUGUACAUUUGCCUGUACCUGGUCCACAUCGCUGGAGCAUACCUCUUAAACUUGAGCCGCCUGGGCCUGAUCUUGCUGCUCCUGCAAUACUCAACUGAGCUCCUCUUCUACACGGCUCGACUUUUCUACUUUGCAGACGAGAACAACGAGAAGCUGUUUAAUGCCUGGGCUGCUGUCUUUGGGGUCACCCGGCUCUUCAUCCUCACCCUCGCCGUGCUGGCUGUUGGCUUUGGACUUUCUCACGUGGAAAACCAGGCGUUCGACCCAGAAAAAGGAAACUUCAAUACCUUACUUUUCAGGCUCUGUGUGCUGCUGCUCGUGUGUGCUGCCCAAGCCUGGCUCAUGUGGCGCUUCAUCCACUCCCAGCUGCGGCACUGGCGGGAGCACUGGAAUGAGCAGAGUGCCAAGCGGAGAGCCCCAGUUGCCCCCAGACUACCAGCCCGGCUCCUCAAGAGGGACUCUGGUUACCAUGAAAAUGGAGUGGUGAAAGCAGAGAAUGGAACCUCCCCACGGACUAAGAAACUCAAAUCUCCUUAAGGCCAAAGUGCUGAGAACAGGAGUCCCCCCGUGGGGCCCACAGGGAGGCGGGGAGCCCAGGCCUCCAUCACAGCCUCCCCUUCCUGCUCGUGACACCCCAUCUUAGACAGCAGGAGCCUGUCUUUAAACGGGGCUUUUCUUUUCCUUAUUUCUAGGCUUUCUCUUCUUCUUCCAUAAACCAUUCUCAAUAAAACCAAAAAUCUUUCUCUUUCUCUCCCUCAAGCCACCUCCUGUCCUCACCUCUGUUGUGUUGGGUUUUCUAGAAGCCCAGGUUCUCGUGGUUAUCGUUCAGCUUACUUCCCCUUUCUCUUCCUCCAUGGCUGCUGCUUUCUCCUUUUACUUCUUGUACCAUAUUGUGCAGUUUCUCUGUGUCUGGUUUUUACACUGAGAGGGAAUUAAAGUUGCAGUCCUGGCCAUCCAGCACCCAGCGUCCGUCCCCAGGACCUGUCAGAGUCUAGAAGCCUCGUGCCAAGGAGCCCUUGACUGGGGCUGGUAGCAGGCCCCCCGGUGGUCCUAUGUGGAUGGGCAAGAAGACGAGAGACCCGCCCCCUUGGAUCAUAAUCUCCUAGGUGCUGACUAACUGAUGAGAUGUAUGAUUCCAACUUGGCAUGCACCAUCUCGAGGCCCGGCAGCAGCCCUGCCGGCUGUAAAUGCCAAGGCGUUUGGCUUCGGGACUUCAUGACUCGGUCCAGAAGGAUGGUGUUAACUGUGUUGAGUCCCAUGACUCAAGGCAGCUUAUCAGUGGCUGGUCCUGGGUUGGAGACUGGCCUGCGCUUGCUCUGUUGGGGAAGUGCUGAAGGAGGACCAGUCUUCCCACUCUGGAGCACAGAGCAGAGGUCCUGAGCAGGAGGCUCUUCCGGAAAGGGAACAGUGGCUGAGGUGCAGGGACAGUCGACCUAGGCCUUUCGUCAGCAGCGCCGACUGCAGUUGCUUUCCAGCCAUUCACCAGCAUUCAGAACCGAUUCAACAGUCAACAGACCAGCCUGGCGUUUGCUGGCCCCAGUCCCCAGACUGAGGCAGCCCUGUCGGGGGCCAGCCUAGCUCCCUACAGGAACACCAGGCCCCCACCUGGGAGGGUCACCUGGGCCACUCAACCACUGGCCGCACUUGCUGAGUGUCCUUUGGAAUUGUCAUUGUCAUCACUGAUGUUUGUUGAGCACACCUACAGCGUGUUAGACUGUGGGAAACCAAGACUGUCUCAGUCACUCUGCUAGUUAGGUGCGCAGACACAGCUUUGCUGACUGGAGGAUUCUGUCCCACCCCUCAUGUAUUCUUAACCCUCUCCUCCACCCAGAGGCAAGGCUUCCAGGUCCUGUGGUGCCUUGUAACGGGAGUUGGACUUUCAGAGGUCCCCACAGGGGCUCCUGAGCUCUGUGCUGAGGGCGUGGGCACGGAAACAUUAGGGUCCUUCGAUGUGCUGGUCCUCUCUCUGACAUCACCGUAGAAGCCAAACUUUGGAUUAUUAUCCAGAAAGGGGGAAAUGGGUCUUUUCAUCAAGGCAGCUCUCCUCUGGGUCAUUUGCAUCAGAGAGAAAUUGUAAUUUCCGGUGACAGAGGGGUUUGUUUCCUAACAUCAUUGCACACCCUCAGCUUUCUGUCCAGGAUAAGGUUGCAAAAAUGGGGAGAAGUGCCCUCAGCUUCUGAAAACCCUUAGGAGGUGGGACAGCAUUUUUGAAAAUACGCAUUUCUCCCAUCCUUCUCUGACAUUUCUCUGGUUUGCAAAGCAGAAUGUUGGUGAAAGGGUGGCUGGGUGUCAGCCUGACAGAGUUGAUCCCGAAGUCCUGAGCCAUUUCGGUCAGCAUCCCUGCCGUGGCUCCAGUUGGGUCAGUGCCCCACCUUGCCUGGUGACCGUUGAUGAAGAGGGCGUUCAGUACGGGGCCUCCAUCUACCUUGCCACCCUUCCCUGUCCUCUGCAGGCUGUGUCCCGGACACCCAGCCCUGCUUCUGCGGGAGGCUGCUCCCCAGCAAGCCUGUGGGACUUGCGGGUCCUGCUGGCCAGGGGGGUGGGAGGGCAGCCUGCCUGCCAGUGUCACGGGUGUUCUAGGGGUUCGUUGCCAGCAACCACAUGGCUUCAUGUUCUCUAAGUCUCCUGCAAGCUGGCGCCAUGGGGUUCUCUGAGGUGGUGCCACUAACCCAGUGGCCAGGCUGACUUGGGCUGUCCCCAGAGGACACGGUUGUUUAGUGAUGAGAGUAAAACCCUUUCUGCUGUGUAGAAACCCCUGAGCCCACGAGUAAGGCUAACAUCUCACCAGCUGGGCUUCAGGAACGAUUUGAGGGGAGGGGCGGUGUGCUUUCUCACCCAACUGGCAUCCCGGCACGUUUAUUUCAGAGCAGAGCCAAGGCUCCGGCAGGCUGGCUCACGGCGCGUUGCCAGAGGCAGAAAGCACUCAGUUCUACUUCAUCCUGCGAGCUUGUUGGGUUGGCUCAUCCUGAAGUGGCCACCUUGGCUGUCUUCUUUGGUCUUAAACCCUCUCUCCUAUUCCCAAAGUGCCAUGCUAUCUGUGAAGGUCCCGCCAGACACCUGCAAGUUCGAGAGGCCAGGUCAGCAGCGUCCCCCGAGAGCAGGAGAGCAGAUGCUAAUCUACCUCAGCCAGUGUCUCAACACGUCUGGCUCUGGCGUGGGGUAGCCCAGGGGAUGGCGGUGUCAGGACAGGAGGGCCGUGCCCACGGGUGGGAGGUCCCAGGGCUACGCAUUCCCUGCUGGAGUUCAGGAGGAAGAAGUUAUUUUUACCACCCAGGCUCUGAUGGCUGCACUAUUAUUAGGUUUCAUGUGUUCCUCUUGGAGGUAGGGGAAGUUCUGGAGGAAAGGGGAGCAGGCUGGGCCCGGAGAGCCGCUUCUAGUCAGUUCUAACCAUGUGUGUGUCUGGGCCCCCAGACAGAUUGUUGCUGAGAGUCUUCUCCAUUUCUGUCCCAAGGCCGAAUUUACCAGUGUUUCAGAAACCAAAAUUCAUCCGUAUUUGGGCCUCCUUGGCAGAUUCUUCUCUUGACUCGAAUUCCUCAGACCCUAAAAGCCCUGCAGCCUGGGCUCGGUGUUCCAGGGUGUGUGCUGCUGGGUUUUCUCUGGAGGACCUUCUUCCCCAGUGCCCUCUGACCCUUUUUCUGUCCCUUCAGUGAGAGGCAGGGACAGAGAGUGCACCCCUCCCAAGAUUUCCCAAACAGAAAAUGCUAGUUUCCUUAUGCCUUUCUACCUUUGACGUGGCUUGCCGCCCCGCGCUGCGGGGGAAGGCCCGGUUUGGAUUCCUUCAUAGGCUUGACACAACUUCCUCCCCUCCCCCAGGCCUCAGUGUCGCCGUGAACGGACCUCCGUUCCUGACCCCCGUGGGCGCUGUUCCUCCAGUGGAGGGCGCGCCCAGGACCUGUGCGUCCCCUCCCACCGCCCUCUCAGCCCCCAGUCUGCUCCGCAGGAGGGACGCUGUGCGCGAUGGAGAACUGGGCCAUUGUUAGAUCCCUCGAAAGCCAAAAGACUCCUUCCCUGGGCCAUGGCGGGCCCAGCAAGGAAGCCCAUACUAAGUUCUUACUCUUCACCCCAGUUCUCGCUUGAAUAGUAAAUCCAGAAGGCUGAAAAGACCAUUCCUCCUCAGCUGCCUCACUUCUCCCCACUUGCUUUUCCCUGAGGUCAGAAAAGCACUUGACAUUGAGGCUGACUGGCUGCACGUGGCCUCUUGGCUCAGCCACCCUUGAGCUUUUGUCCCACGCAGAUCCUCACACUUUCUGUGUAAGAAGUGCCUUACCUGUCGUGUGGUCUCCUGGCCUUGACUUGGACUGUACGGCCAGCCCACCCGCUGGGGCUCUAGAACCAUUUGUCAUGUGCAGCCAAGGACCCCGGACCCCAAUACAACACAUGGAAAGGGAGAUAGUGACAGUUGCACCUCACUUGACUUGCUCCCCACCCCCAUCGUGCUAGGGGCUGUGGUGCAUUCUCUGCUUUGUUUCUGCUCUCUCCCUUGCUUCUCUCCCUUUCUGGCCCUCCUGGGUGGCUGCGGAAGCCUGUGGGGGCCUCAGCGCAGGCUCCUGGUCUCCUGCUCACUACGGGAGGUGCAAGGCCUGUAGGCACCCAGCCCCCGCGCCUCUGCCAGUCCCUGCCCACCCCCCAUGCUAAAAAGAAAGAUACCCUUGCUAUAACCUCUUCCGAUUUCAUUUUGCUUCUCAUUCAAUCCAAAGUUUAUGUGAUAAAGGUGUUUACUUUUACGUCCCAGUCUCAAGUGUUCAAACUCAUGGUUACCUGUUUGACAGUGGGUCGGUUCGGCUGUUGCAGAACCGCGAGCUCCUACUUCAGUGUUACCUUGUGCUAGCAGCAGGCCCCCCAGCCCCCCACGCCUUGCCUGCCUGCCCUUUCCUUGCUCUUCCGGGUUGUGCAAUAACCCUCCCAGCCGUGGUCUUUUCCACGGGCCUCACGGUCCCUUACAGCACCCUGCAGCCAAAGGGAAGGGGCCCCCGGGGAGGGGUAGUUGUGGUCGCCUACAGAAGAAGCGCUCACCACUUUCCCUUUGUUGCUGUCGUUCUCAUGAUCCUGGCUGGGGUUCUGUGGCCCUCGAGUAGAACAUUGUAGCAUCAUUUUAUAAGCCCAUAUAAUUUUUUAAAAUCUGUUGAAAGGAGAAAACCAUCCUCAUGAUGGGGCAUUAAUACAAGUCAGUGUGAGAAUUAAGACCCAUUGUGAUACCUGCACCCUCUGCCUAAAAGCAUUCUAGGGGUUUUUGUUCACGUGGACAGGAAGAUUUUUCUGAGAAUCACCAUGCGUGGACAGCGCUGUUCACCUGAUAGGAUCUAAGUACCCCUGUUUCCUUGGGUGCAGAGUGUUUAUGUGAUGAGACUGUAAACCUCAUUUUCAGUUCCUCUUGUUUAAUAAAAAUCUGAAGGAUGAGCUGAGGCUGCUGGUGCCCUGAGCAACUCAUAAUGCAAAUGUGGACAAAUUGUCUUUUUGUUUUUCUACUUUAGUUCAUGUUAUGGACCAAAUUUCAAUGAAGAACUCAAGGAAAAUUUGUACCUGCCGUAUUUAUGCUUUCCUGUUAAAGAAAGGGUUAUUUUUUUUGGGGGGGGAGCUUUUUAUUUUCAGUGAACAUUUUUCAAAAUCCCUUUUCCACUGUUUCUGUCUGGUUUUAAAGCAAAUUACAGUUUUGUAUGGAUUUUUUAAAUGUACAUUUUGAAACAAAUGGUCAACAAAUAUUUUUGAAAUAACUGAAUAAAAGUCAUAGAAUUAUCAGUCUAA